CUUACAAUAUUAUAUUUUAUUUUUAUAGUUAAUCUUAAUAUUUAAUGCUUAAAACAGUUAAUUUUGGUCAUCAUCAUGAUACCUAUAAUUAUAGUAUUAGUUUUUCAGAGUAUUAACUAAUACCUAUAUCUAGAAACUUCUAACUAGGACUUCAUUUGAACAGACGGUUUAUUUAUCAUCAAAAUGAUGUCAUUUAAAAAAGGUAAUUUUCGCAUUGGAGAAGCUGAAUUGAAAUGUAAAAAAKCAAAUGGAUGUGAUUAUUAUGGUAAUCCUCAAUGGGAUGGAUUUUGUUCAAAAUGUUAUAAAGACAUACAAAGACAUCGGCGAAUGAAUGCUUCACCUAAAAAGGUACCAAUUAACAAGACUAAUGAAAAACAAGAUUUUAAAAAAGUUGGUUCUACUGAAAAAAAGUCCAAAUUGUCAUAUUUGAAAAUGUUUAAUACUAUUAAAUCCAAAGACGAUAUAUCUGAAAAAUCUAAAAAAGAUUAUGAUCCAAUUAUUGCGAAGAAGUUGGAUCAAUUAGAUGUAGAAUAUAUGCCUAUUUUGUCUGAAACAAAAUCUUUGCGUUCCGAUUUAAAAAAACAAAUCCACAAUUUUUGUCAAAUGAUGAUGAUGUCACAUUUACAAAGCCCUGUUGAUAUUCAGUCUGAACUCACUCAACAUUUUUAUCAAAAUAUUCUGGAUAUGCUGAAUAAUAACUAUUCUUAUGAUGAAUUGAGUCAAGAAAAAAAAGAACAAAUUUUGGAUUAUACAGAAAAAUACUCUAUGAUAAAACUAUAUAAGUUUUUAUUUUGUAUGACUUUGGCUGACGAAGAGGAAGAUUUAGCUAUACAGAAACGGAUUCGUCAAUUAAAUUGGGUGAAUGCUAAACAUCUAGACUGUGAUAUUGACAAAACUAAUGCUCAGAUUAUUGAAUUGGUGUAUAAAGCUAUUCUAGAAUUAUUAGAUAUGGAUUCAGCUACAGCACCACAAGACAAAUUGGCAUGUGUUGUUAGAUGCUGUCGGCAUAUAUUUGGAGUUUUGCAAGGUGGAAACAAUGGAAUGAAAGGACCUGCAUCUGCUGAUGAUUUCUUGCCUGUUCUCAUAUUUGUUGUUCUUAAAGCAAAUCCAGUUAGACUUAAGUCUAAUUUGCAUUAUGUGACUAGAUUUUGUAAUGCUUCGAGGCUGAUGUCUGGAGAAGCUGGAUAUUAUUUUACCAAUUUGUGUUGUGCUGUAUCAUUUAUUGAAAAUAUUAAUGCAGAACUUCUUAGUAUGAAUAUUGAAGAAUUUGAGCAGUACAUGAAUGGAACAUUAGUAUCUGAUACUUGGGAUUCAGCAUUAAUUAUAUGUGAAGGGAUGCAUCAAAUGUUUGAACAGUUAGCACUAUUGGCAGAUUUAAAAAGAAGAAAUAUAAUGAUUGUUGAUGAUGCAUUAAAGCUUAAGAAUGAAAUGUCUGAUUUUAAGGAUAAUUUUAUGGAUCAAUUUGCAGUAUUAAAAGAAGUUUAUACUAUUAUUGAUGAUUGUGAUGAAACUAGUAACAAAGUGACUGUUAGUAUUGAUGAUUAUGAUCCUUUAUGUUCCAGUUUACCCUCAUGGACUAUGACACCACAGGUUAUUCAACCUGCUGAAAGAACUCGUACAAGUUCUUCUUGUACAGAUGUUGAUUCUUGGGACAUCCAUUCUGCCGAAACAGUAUCAUUGCAUUCAUUAGAUACUUGUUUUAAUACACCACAAGAAAAUAAUGAAAUUUCCGGGAGUAGUUUAGAACCUACAAUAAAUGUACAGCCACAGUUAGAUGAAAUACAGGAAAUAUCGAUACAAGGAUGGCAAAUACCUAGUAUACCAUGUGAAACUGGAGGAAAAGAAAUUACCGACUCAAAAAUGAAUACACAAUAAAUAUAAUUAUUAUUUUUGUUUUAUUUAAUUUUUAAUACAAAUUUUGUUAAUAAU